AUGACGACGAAGCAACCUGCCCAUUCCGUUUUGUUUGACAAUAGUCAAGACACAAGCAAUCAAUAUUACAACCCUACAACGAGCACAUCAGCAGGAGAUGGUCUACAAUUUUAUUCAUCGAAUUACAGUGAUCAAUAUACACCAACGGGCUCAUCAACCAACAACUAUUACCACAGCGGAACAACAGGGGAUAUGCGUGGAGGAGGACCGGGAGGAGCGAAUUACGAUUACAUGUCGGGCACAACGACGUAUUCAUUCUGGAGCGCGUUUGGUACAGGAGGAUACGCAGACGAACCACCACUGCUGGAAGAAUUAGGGAUUAAUUUCGGACAUAUCAAGACAAAGAGCUUGACCGUUUUGAAUCCUUUCCGUAAAGUGCCUGAUACCAUUAUGGAUGAUGCUGAUCUAGCAGGGCCUUUAAUAUUCCUCUUUUUAUUCGGUACGUUUCUACUUUUGUCUCGAAAGGCGCACUUUGGAUACAUUUAUGGUGUUGGUGUGAUGGGCGUUGUCAGUAUCCAUAUGAUUUUGAAUCUGAUGAGUGAGAAUGGCAUUGAUUGGUCAAGAACAGCAAGCGUGUUAGGAUAUUGUUUGAUACCGAUGGUGAUGUUGAGUGGAUUCAGUGUGGUAUUAGAAUUGAAUAACAUUAUCGGUACAGCUUUGACGGUUAUCAGUAUUCUAUGGUGUACCUUUUCCAGUUCAGGCAUGUUUACCAGUGUAUUGCAUUUGAACGAACAGAGGGUGUUGGUAGCUUACCCGGUUGGCUUAUUUUAUGCUUGUUUUGCUUUAAUGACAUUUUUUUAA